UGCUAGUGGUGAGAGGGGGAGUUCAAGACUUUGUACCUUUAGAAGAGCGAUGGUAACGUUCUGAUGAAAUCAACCAUGUUGCUGAGGGUCUUCGUCAUCUUCGUCUUCAUCCUCCAGGACUCCCAGCCGGCUUCAGUCUUUCUGGAGCGACAUGAGGCCAACGGCGUCCUGAUUCGGACUCGCCGGUUCAACUCCGGCUGGUUUGAGGAGCUGAAGAUGGGAAACCUGGAGAGGGAGUGUUUGGAGGAGAAAUGUAGCUUUGAGGAGGCCAGAGAGGUGUUUGAGCACGACGAGGUGACGAACGAGUUCUGGAAACGGUACUCCAUCCCUGACAGAUGUACCUCGGCUCCCUGUCAGAACAGAGGGACCUGCAUCAAUAACGAAGAGUCCUACACCUGCUUAUGUCUUCCUCAGUUCAUGGGACUCAACUGUGAGUUCGAGCAGCAGACGGAGUCUGACAGUUGUCUGCUGGAGAACGGAGGCUGUGAUCAUUUCUGCGAUGAAGACACUUUUGGACGAAGGCUAGCAUGUUCAUGUGCUGAUGGUUAUGAACUGGACGCAGAUGGACGGAGCUGCAUCACUAAAGCACCAAUAGCAUGCGGCACGGUCCCCGUCCUACAGAAGGUAACCAAAGACAUGCAUCUGCUGAGGAUUGUGGGGGGAAGCGAAUGUCCAAAAGGUGAAUGCCCCUGGCAGGUUUUGCUGACAUAUAAAGGCAAAGGUUUCUGCGGAGGAGUGAUUUAUAAACCGACAUGGAUCCUCACAGCAUCUCACUGCCUGGAGAACACCAACCCGCAGUUCCUGAAAGUGGUUGCAGGUGAACACGACAUCUUGGUCAACGAGUCCACUGAACAGGUCAUCCAAGUAGUAGAGAUCAUCAUGCAUGAGAAUUAUGUGAGCAGUACCGUGGACAACGACAUCGGCCUCCUACGCCUAGCGUCCCCCAUAGUUUACUCGCCGUACGCGGUUCCGAUCUGCCUGCCGACUCGGCCGCUGGCUGAACGGGACCUCUGGGCGGUGGACCUGCACACGGUGAGCGGCUGGGGCAGGCAGGGCGAGAACGGGCCCACCUCCGUCCUCCUCCGGCGUACCAAGGUGCCGCGCAUCCGGAAGCAGACCUGCAAAGAGCAGAGCGGCGUGCUGCUCACCAAGAACAUGUUCUGUGCCGGGUACUUGGACGGUCGGACGGACUCGUGUAAAGGCGACAGCGGCGGCCCGCUGGUGACGAAGUUCAAGAAGACGCACUUCCUGCUAGGCAUCGUCAGCUGGGGGAAGGGCUGCGCCCGACCAGGCAACUACGGCAUCUACACCCGAGUGUCCAACUACCUGGAGUGGAUCCAGAACCGAACAGCGACACCGGUUACAGGAAACACCACAGAAACCGUCCCUAGCUCUGCGACUGUAACUGUACAGUAAUCUGAAUCAUUUAUCCAAACAGAUGGAGAGCAAACUGAAAAAAUGACUUCCUUUCUACAGGUGCCAUAUGCAAACUUAAAUUAACAGCAAUAAUAAAAUGGAGGUUGAAAUAUAAGGAAGCAAAAUAUUUAGCUUCCAGGUAACCAUUUAGUUAGCAAGCCACAUUUAAAAUAUUUAUUUUGUAAACUAAAUAUUUGCAUUCAGUUCUACAGUUAGCUUGCUAACUAUUUAACUAUCAAAAUAUUUAGGUUGUAUCAAAAUAUUUCGUUUAGUAAUUGAAUAUUUAGCUUGGUAAGAGAAGUAUUUAGCUGACUAAUUAUUUAAUUAGCAAACUACAUAUUUAGCUUGCUAACUAAGUAUUUAAUGUGCCAACUAAAUAUUUAGCUUGCUAAUUGAAUAUUUAGCUUUAAAAUAUUAAGCUCACUAAUUAGCAAGCUGAAUAAUUAGUUUGCUAACUAAAUGUUUUGAUUGCUAACUGAUUAUUUGGGUUGCUAAUUUAAAAUUUAGCAUUUGAAACUGUGACAUUUAUACAUGUCUUGGUCCAAAAUGCCGGGUUAUUUUUUGGGUUUGUUGUGUAGAAGGUUAAAGGUUUAGGUCAUUCAUUUGUUUAAAUGAGUUAAUAAAGAAAAUAUGAUAUGUUUUGUGGUUUUAUUGUUAAUUUCUUCACAGCUGGAAGAAGGAAAAUAAAA